AUGCUUAAACGCAACAGAUGGCUGACAAUUGCAUUGAUAUUUCUACUGCUUUACGUAGCUCUAAUAAAUGGUGAAGGCCACUAUACAAUUAUAGCUCCUGGUACAAUAUGGUCGAAUCGUAAUUAUACCGUCUCCGUGUCAGUGCACAAUGUAACCACCAAGGAUGAGGCCAUUACCAUAAAACUUAGCAUACUCUCCCUAGAUAGUUCGUUGGAUCUGAGUCAUGAAAUCAGCGUACGACCAAAUGAAAGUCAACUGGUACACUUCGAAGUACCUCAGUUAUUUAAAAACUACAGAUAUAAACUUAAAGCUGAGGGCAUAAGAGGUUUAAUUUUUAGCGAAAGUAAACAAUUGGCGCCCAAAGAAUCGGGUGGACCAAGAAUAUAUGUAGAAGCUGAUAAGGGUACAUACAAACCCGGUGAUGUGGUACAAUUUCGUGUGAUAAUAUUGAGUGAGCAUUUAAAGCCGAUGAAAAUUGUGGAACCUAUACGGGUGCAGAUAUUGGACCCCCUUAAGAAUCGCGUAAAACAAUUCAAGGACAUACAACUGAAUCGCGGCGUAUUUACCUCGAAAUUCCAAUUAUCCCGCCAACCCCUAACUGGUACCUGGUCCAUAUUGGUACACAUCAGUGGAAAAUAUAAUAAGGAUAAGGAAUACAGAUUCCAAGUGGAACGAUAUGUCCUACCCAAAUUCAGUGUACACCUCGAGGCACCCAAGGAAUUUGUCGAAUCCGAACGUUAUUUACCCAUUACAGUAUACGGAAAAUAUACAUAUGGGCGUUAUGUUAAAGGCACUGUGAAAAUUGUCGGAACCACGAGAGGCAUUACCAUUGCUGAGGGUGUCACCCUUGAUGAAGAUGCAAAAGUUGAUCUUAAAAUCGAUUUGGAAAAAUUGAGCUUAAACCGUUAUGAUCGUAAUUUAGAAUUGAUUGCAUCUUUGGAGGAGAGAUUUACAAAUAUUACAGCAGAAGAUAAGCGUAUCGUCCAAAUUCGUACAUCCCUGUAUCGCCUGAAGUUGCCUAGCUGGGAAAUUGCUUUUGAAAAUGGAAAACCUCGAAGUCUUGGCCUUCAUGUGGAAUAUUGGAAUGGUAGCAUUGUUAGGGAUCCAUCCACAUCGGUUGUGAUGCAGUUUAAGGGACGUAAUUAUACAUUGCCGUUGAAUGAUCAAGGUGUUGCCAGAUUUAAGCUUACAAAGGUCGAGGCGGAUGAGACGGACCUCUUUCAAUUUUGGUAUAAAGACACGGAGCUUAGUUAUCCGAGUGUGGAUAUGGAACCACCAAUGGCAACAAAUUGUGUUCUACAAACCAAUACGGAUAACUUCAAAGAUUUCAAAAUACCCCUGGAAAUUACGAUUACAUCUGAGAACAGUAUUCCAUAUCUCAUGUAUACUCUCACGGGACAUGGAAAUAUUGUACGCCAGGAAAAUCUCCAAUUGCCUGCCAACACGAAAUCUCACACCUUUAAAAUAAGACCCUCCAUAGAGAUGAUUCCCAAUUCCCAUCUUUUCGUCUACUAUAUUGUGAAUGAUCAAUUUAAUUAUUGUGAAUUGACAAUACAUCUGCCAAAGACAUUUGAAAAUAAGGUAUCCCUUGUGGGUCCGACACGCGUCAAGCCAGGUCAAAAUAUUACCCUGACCUUAAAAGCCGCUGUGAAUUCUCGUGUCUCUAUAGCAGCUGUGGAUAAAAGUGUUCUUCUGCUGAAUUCGAAAAAUAUUCUACAAAAGGAUCACAUUAUGAACGAUCUGUUGGAUGAUAAAUCGUAUACCCCACCCCGAAUGCAGGGGAGCGCCCUAAUGUUAUCACCCGAUGUUCAAACGGGUCUGGUCAUACUGACCAAUGCCAAAUAUCAAAAAUAUUACUAUAUGGAAAUCGAAAAAAGUAUACUAGAUCCCACAUAUUAUCGUGUCGAUUUUCCCGAAACAUGGCUUUAUAAGGAUCUUGAUAUUACCCAACCGAAUACCCCGCUAAGUGUUAAGGUUCCUGACACCGUUACAACCUGGGAGCUGAGAGCCUUCUCGGUUAAUGAUGAAACCGGUUUCGGCAUGCUAGAAGAAAAUCUAGAAAUUCAGGCAUUCCAGCCAUUUUUCAUAAGCAUCAAUCUACCAUAUUCGGUAAAGCGUGGAGAAACUGUCAAUAUUCCGGUGACAAUUUUCAAUUAUCUCAAGGAUGAGCUGAAUAGCAAUGUGACAAUGAUACGGAAGGAGGGUGAUUUUGAAUUUCUAGAUAAGGAAGAUAAUACAUCUGCAGGACAGUUACAGAGAUCUCUGCAAUUGAAUGUUACGGCCAACAAUGCCAGAAGUACCAUAUUUGCGAUACGUCCCCAGAGGGUUGGCGAUCUGGAUAUUGAAAUAAUAGCUAGUAAUGGGUUAAUAUCCGAUCGAGUAAUCCACAAAUUAAAAGUUGAUCCUGAGGGUGUGGCCCACACCCACAAACAGGAGGCGCUUAUGUCCCUGACCAAACUGCAAAGUAAUAAAACUAUUUUCACAGCAGAUAUACCCAAGGGAAUUGUACCCCGCUCGGAAUUCUUAGAAUUGACAGUUAGUGGUGAUGUUAUGGGCAGCACCUUGGAUAAUCUUGAUAAUUUGGUUAAAAAACCCAAAGGGUGUGGUGAACAAAAUAUGAUUUACUUGGCCCCGAAUAUUUUAAUUCUGGACUAUCUGCAGUCUCUGGAGGGUAUAUCGGCGAAUGCCAGCAACCUUGUGAUGGAAAAGGCUAAACAAUAUUUGGAUAUUGGUUAUCAGCAACAGCUGUCGUAUCGCCAUUCGAAUGGUGGUUUUAGUGUUUUUGGACCCGACUCAAGUACCGAAAGUAAUUGGUUAACCGCCUAUACUGCACGCUUCUUUAUGAAGGGUCAAAAAUAUUCGGCCAUUGAAAAUGUUGUCAUUGAUGAUGCCCUGAAAUAUCUUAGCCAACAACAGCUGGAGGAUGGCAGCUUUCCGCAUAGGGGUUUCCUAUUCGAUCCGGCCCAUCAAAAUCAGUAUGGCUUUACGGCUUUUGUUCUAUUGACAUUUCUGGAAAGUCCGAAAUAUGCUAAGAAAUAUCGAAGUACCAUUGCCAAAGGAAUGGAAUUUUUAAACAAACAUUACAAGGAUGUGCAGGACAUUUAUUCGAUGGCGAUUAUGGCCAAUACAUUUCAAAAGUCUGGCAACAUCAAUGCCAAUGAGAUUUUGUUAAAACUGAAAUCAAUGGCAAAGGAACGUCAGGGCCGCAAAUGGUGGACCAAUAAUAUCCGAACAGAAGAAAGUGCCAAUGAUGUGGAAUUGACUUCGUAUAUUCUAAUGGCUAUGCUGGAGUCGUCACCAUCAUCCCUUAGGGAGUCCUUACCUAUAUUCAAUUGGUUAAUUGAACAACGACGUAGUAGUGGUGGCUUUGGUUCAACCCAUGAUACGGUAGUGGGUCUACAGGCCUUAAUAAAAUAUAAUACCGCAUUGCGUAAGGCGGGUGAUAGUUUGGAGACUCAAUUGAAGGUCCAUUAUUUGGCGAAAAACACGAAAGGUCUGGUUGUCAAGGAGGGAAUUUUCGGCGUAGAGACGGGCAAUGAAAUUAUUCUGCAGAAACAAGAGCUCCCCGGUAAUGUGCGAACAGUCGAAGUUGAGGUAAUGGGUCAGGGUCGUGCCUAUCUCCAACUGACCUAUCAAUAUUAUACAUCGAAUCUAACCCUGCCCACAAAUGAUAUCAUUGUAAAACCUCAAACAGUUGCACCACACCCCGCUGAAUCCACAUCCAUUCCACCCACAAGUAAUCAACCCCAACCAAUUGCUGUAAAUACCACCGAAUCGCCACCCACUCCCGAAUUAUUGGCACAAGUUUUCCACGCCUAUUUCAAUAUUACUGCCAGUGGGAGAAUCGCCUCAAGCGUCAGUAUGUCAUUGGACGUUUGCUUCCAGUAUCAACCAAAAACCGAGGAGGAAAAGGAAACCAAUAUGGUUAUAUUGGAGAUUAAUUUUCCAUCCGGCUUCAUUGCGAACAAUGCAAAAACUAUGAAGUUAAAGGAAUUGGAAGAGAUCAUCAGUCGUAUUGAUAUACAGAAAUCGGGUACAGUGCUGGCAAUUUAUUUUGAAAAGCUGUUGGCCGAUGAGGAGCAAUGCCUUAGCUUUGUGGCGGAUAAAAGUCAAGAUGUUGGAGAACUUAAACCGUCGAUAAUUGAAAUCUAUGAUUAUUAUAAUGACAGGCGGCGUGCGAGAAUAUUUUAUGAGCUGAAGGAGUAA